UUCUCUCUCUCUCUCUCUCUCUCUCUCUCUCGGAUAAUGGAGAUGGAGGAGGAGCAGUACGGAUGGCCGGAUCUACGACAGUUGAUGGGUGGAAGAACCCAUUUUCCGGCCGUGCCCCAAGGAACAGUGCAAUUCUCCAGUCAUAUGGAUCUGACAAGAGAACAGCAUUACGAGAUGAUAAUGGGAGAUCGCCAGGUAGCAGGUGAGAUGUUUCCUCGUACAGUGCUGGAUUUUCGUCCAGACUCAACAUCCACUUCUGCCGCUCCUCGAUGUAGGCUAGACAUGGAAGCUUGCAUUGUAGGUGACGUUGGGAAUGGGAGAUGGCCCAGACAAGAGACUCUUACCCUUCUAGAGAUCAGAUCUCGUCUUGAUCCCAAGUUUAAAGAGGCUAAUCAGAAAGGACCCUUAUGGGAUGAAAUCUCCAGAAUUAUGGCAGAAGAACACGGGUACCAAAGGAGUGGGAAGAAAUGUAGAGAGAAAUUUGAGAACUUGUACAAGUACUACAAGAAGACCAAAGAAGGCAAAGCUGGGAGGCAAGAUGGUAAGAAUUACAGGUUCUUUCGUCAACUUGAAGCUCUCUAUGGAGAAACAACCACCACUACUACUCCAGUACCCGAAACCCAAACCCACCUUGCACCACAUAGCCUUGGGUUUCAACCCACAAGCCAAAGCAGCCCUAAGGGAAAGCAAUGCGAGAGCCUGAUCAGCCUUUCUAAUUCUUCGGAUUUAGACUCUUCCUCCUCUGAAGAGGAGAAGUUGGAAGAAAGCCAUAGUCAUCGUAAGAGGAAGAGUUGGAAGGCUAAGAUAAGAGACUUCAUGGACUCACAAAUGAGGAGAUUAGUGGAGACACAAGAGGCAUGGUUGGAGAAGACGUUGAAGACCCUUGAACGCAAAGAACAAGAGAGGCUGUUUAGAGAGGAAGCUUGGCAGAAAGAAGAAUCCACACGUUUGGCUCGUGAAUUCAAAUUCUGGGCUCAUGAGAGAGCUUGGGUUGAAGCUCGAGAUGCUUCUCUAAUGGAGGCUUUGGAGAAAUUCACUGGGAGAGAAUUAAAGGCUUCGACCCCGGAGGAACUGGUAGGUACACAUGAGAAUAGUGAAAACCAGAAUGAAAAUGGAAGUGAUACGGUGGAUGAUAGCGCAAAGAGUUGUAAAGAGAAUUCAAGAAACAAGGCUUCCAAUAUUGGUAGUGAGGAACAAAGAGGUAAUGCAGUGCAGGAUAGUUGCUUUCGAUAUCUGAUGACUGCUCCUGAGGAAGAGCCCUUGUGGGAGAAUUAUGAUGAUGCCAUCAAGCUCAACAAAGGAGAGAAGUGA